AUGUACGAUCUCCCCAUGCCAUAUCAAGAUCUGUACCCGAGAUGUUGUUCUUGUAAUGCGACCACCAAUGACGCGCGGCGCGACGAACAACAUCAGAAUUUCCAAGAUCCAGCCCUCUGUCACCACCAAUCCUCCCAACUUUACGAAACCACUACCACUGCCAGCUCCCUACGAUCGAAAAUGAAGAUGUCCGCAUCUGCCGAUUCCAGCUCCAAGUCGUGGUACGAUCGACUGCUUGCCCGUCUCCGCCAAGAAGCACCUGCGGUUGACCAAACUCUCCCCUUGGGUCACCUCCCAGUUGAGACUCUUACAGAGUUGAUAGUCACAACCUUCAAGAGCUAUGAAACACGAAGCAUUGCGUACGCAAAAGAAUGUCUGCACGAGGGUGACGAAAAGGCCUUUGUCGACUUCAUCAAGGCGCAUCACCGUAUUAUCGAACAAUUCCAACUCCAGUCGCCGCAUUACUAUCGCGACAUGGCACGAACACUUAACAACCAUUUCAUAAGGAAGACGCAAGACGAAACAGGGACCAUCAAUUCAACAAUCGAAGAAGCUUGUGUGCCACGCAUUCCAGAUUGCCCGCUAUCAGGCCCUCCAACUCCGGAUACGAUUUCUUCGUAG